GAGUUUCAAAUGACGGUGCAUCGCAUCUCCAAGGCCAUCGGAUCGUCUGCAGUCUCCAGGCCUAUGAUGAUCCAAGCGGAGGUUGCCUCCUCCUGAACUCCUCCCCCUCCUCCCCCUCCCCCUCCAUCGCCCUUCUCAUCUGCUGCUCCUGUCCUCUCCCUUGGCUAUCUCCGCCCGCUGAGAUGCUGAGCAGGUGGGUGCCAAGAUCUCAGAGCGCGAUCGCCUCCUCCGCCAGCGUCAGCAGAGCGACGCUCGUCGAAUGCGCAAGGCAGGAGGGCAGGAGCCAUCGGUCCGCCUCUUCGGUGACGUGGCGUACGAGGGAGGGCUCUACUCCCCUCAGGUGCUCCCCCUCCUCCAUCCCGCUCCCGCCUCAACCCGCUGGCAGCGCGGCAAGGCGUACAUGAACAACGGGGAUGAAGGCAUCGAAGAGGAGAUCGAGGAGUACGUGCAUGCGGCUCCGUCAAGGUACUCGCCUAGCGAGGAGAUCGACGAGCAGCUGCUCUACUACGAUGAGGAGGAGGCAAACUUGGAGCAGGAAGUCGCUCACCGCACGCUGAAGAUCCAGAUGUUGAAGACGGCGCUGAUAAAGGACGAGUGAUGAUAAUACAAUUAUUCUUGGUGGAGGAAGAGGAGGAAAAUGAAAAGAAUUUGUAUGUCAGGUUGCGAAAGCAAAUGUUGUACAUGAAUAAGUCCAGCAGACUUGAAGGAAUUCUUAUUGAUGGUAUUGUAACUCGUAUGCAUUAUUUAAAAUGAAUCAACUGAUGUGACGG